UAAUCUCUUCCAUUCCUCCCUUAAUUGGGUACUGAUUGGUCAAGCUAGGUUCUGUGGGUGGUCAUUUAAUAUCAAGUUUAUUUACAGUGGUUAGGCCACAUGGAAUUGCUUUAUCAAUUCUCUUUAUACAUAAAAACUUAAGGAAUAUCUUACGUAUUUAUCCUAUACCUAAAAUAUUUUCUAGUGCAUUACAACAUGCAAAUCUAACUCUGAUUUGCUUAUCAUAACUUAACUACUAAAUAUACUAUGGGUGCCUUAAUCUCUCCUUAGGCUGGUCUCUGAGCUUUGCGCCAUGUGUGCUUCACAUGCUGCCCUACCGCCUGACUGCCCUUUUACUCAAUUUUUGUGGAUGCUUUUGCUGAAGAAAAAUUUAAAGGGUUGGAAAGAGAUGUCAGUCAAAUUUGUGGGCUUUGUAAUGGUCCUAAUAAGCAGGAUAACUUACUAAAUGUUUCCAUAACCUCUUCUGAUUACGUUGAACAGCUAGAGUAUUGUACCUUGUAUUCACUACAGUAUCUUCCAUCUAGGGGCCAUACUGUCCAGUGAAGAGGCUGUGCUGCUAGAUUUAAAACAGUUUCAAUCUAUUGCUGUGAUUGAUCUUCCAUUUUCUGGCCUGAGAGACAUUCAGGGAAAGAGGAAGAGAUGGCAGUUUCUUGGGACUCAGUGACCUAUGAAGAUGUAACUGUGAUAUUCACUCAAGAGGAGUGGGCACUAUUGAAUCCUUCAGAGAAGAAACUCUACAGACAUGUGAUGUGUGAAAACUUGAGGAACUUUCUUUCACUAGAAAAGAUACAAGAACAUUCCACCAAAGGGCAGCAUAUAUUGCAUGGAAGUAAACAAAGCAAUACAAUAGUAAAAAUAUCUGAGGGCAAAGAUAGUCAUAAUGCUAGACUAUCUCAAGAAUGUGAAGUAUACAACAAAUUAUUCACUUAUCCUAUUCAUCUUCAAAAACAUGAAAGAAUUCACAGUGGAGAGAAACCCUAUGAAUGUAAACUAUGUAGUAAAACAUUCAGUUGUUCCAGUCAUCUUUGGGCACAUGAAAGAAUUCACAGUGGAGAGAAACCCUAUGAAUGUAAACAAUGUAGUAAAACAUUCAGUUAUUCCAGUCAAGCUGGUCAUCUUCUGGCACAUGAAAGAAUUCACAGUGGAGAGAAACCCUAUGAAUGUAAACUAUGUAGUAAAACAUUUAGGCAAUCCAAUGAUCUUCAGCAACAUGAAAGAAUUCACAGUGGAGAGAAACCCUAUGAAUGUAAACAGUGUAGUAAAACAUUCAGUUAUUCCAGUAGUCUUCGGAUUCAUGAAAGAAUUCAUAGUGGAGAGAAACCCUAUGAAUGUAAACAUUGUUGUAAAACAUUCCGGCAAUCUGGAACUCUUCAGCAACAUGAAAGAAUUCACAGUGGAGAGAAACCGUAUGAAUGUAAACAGUGUAGUAAAGCAUUCAGUUGUUCCAGUCAUCUUCGGUCACAUGAAAGAAUUCACAGUGGAGAGAAACCCUAUGAAUGUAAACAAUGUAGUAAAACAUUCUGAGAUUCCAGUGGUCUUCGGACACAUGAAAGAAUUCACAGUGGUGAGAAACCCUAUGAAUGUAAACAAUGUACUAAAACAUUCAGUCAAGCUGGUCAUUUUCAUAUACAUGAACGAACUCACCGUGGGGAAAAACCCUAUGAAUGUAAACAUUGUAGUAAAACAUUCAGUUGUUCCAGUAGUCCUCAGACACAUCAAAGAAUUCACAGUGGAGAGAAUCCCUAUGACUGUAAACAUUGUAGUAAAACAUUCCGGUUAUCUGGUACUCUUCAGCAACAUGAGAGAAUUCACAGUGGAGAGAAACCCUAUGAAUGUAAACAGUGUAGUAAAACAUUCAGUUGUUCCAGUAGUCUUCAGACACAUGAAAGAAUUCACAGUGGAGAGAAACCCUAUGAAUGUAAACAAUGUAGUAAAACAUUCCGAGAUUCCAGUGGUCUUCGGACACAUGAAAGAAUUCACAGUGGAGAGAAACCCUAUGAAUGUAAAUAGUGUAGUAAAACAUUCAGUUGUUCUAGUCAUCUUCGGUCACAUGUAAGAAUUCACAGUGGAGAGAAACCCUAUGUAUGUAAACAGUGUAGUAAAACUUUCCGGCAAUCUGGUACUCUUCAGCAACAUGAAAGAAUUCACAGUGGAGAAAAACCCUAUGAAUGUAAACAGUGUAGUAAAACAUUCAUUUGUUCCGGUAGUCUUCGGACACAUGAAAGAAUUCAUAGUGGAGAGAAACCCUAUGAAUGUAAACUGUAGUAAA